CCAUUUUGCCUCCCUUUCGGCGCCGAGGGGGAGGGGAGGAGAGGGGAGGGGCUUGAAAAACAAAACCCAUUUAAUAUAUAUAUAUAUUUUCCCAUGAUGAUAAUAACCUAUAUUUUUAAAAAAGGCUAAGGGCUUUUAUUUUUUUAAAAGGGAAUGUGCCGGUAGGAAGUUAGGAGAGGAGAAGAACCGAACCCCAGACGCCUCUGAGGGGGUGAGUGAGAGGGGGAAAGGGGGUGGAGGGGGGUCGUUGUUGGGGGGGGGGAAAGCCGGUUGGCUUUAUGGGGGGGCAGUUGGCGUGAGGGGAUGAGGCGGCGGAGGCCCGAGAGAGAGAGAGAGAGGAAGGAAGAAAGAAAGAAAGAAAGAAAGGAAGGAAGGAAGGAGAGAGACGACCUCGCAGGGCUGUUGUGAAGGCGAGAAGGCGGGGAGAAAGAGAGAAAGGAAGGGGGGAAAGCGCCCCGUCCGCCGCCUCGAGCUCCUCGGAAGAAAGGGCAGCCUUAGGGACAACGCUGGAUUUCAUGCAGGAAUCAACAAACACACAAAUGCUUUGAGGCUUCCUCUUCUUCUUUUAAUGAAGCGGUAUAUAAACAAACAGAUAAAUACUGGGAGCAAUGACAAUAAAGUAAUAGAAACUCGAAACAACCGCACCAAGCAAAGCGGAUCCUGCCCCGCAGAAAAGAGGCCACAAAUAUUUGUGUGUGUGUUGUUUUUUGAAAACCGCUUCAAACUAAGGGAAACUUUCCCCCUAAUGAGUUUGCUGGUUUUCAAGGUUGCAGAAGACUCUUUGGGGCAGGAAGAUCUGUAAGUGGAGUGAUGGGAGUGGUUUUCUUUCCCCCUAAAAUGGGUAUUUGGGAUUAUGGAUUUAAUUUGGCUUCAUUCCCAAGAGAGACCUCGAAGCCCUUUGCCGUAUAAUGACGGACACGCACACGUUAUUUACUUAUAUAUAUGUGUGUGUGUAUAUGUAUAUAUAAUGUAAUACAGUGGUACCUCAGGUUACAUACGCUGCAGGUUACAGACACCGCGAACCCAGAAGUAGUACCUCGGUUUAAGAACUUUGCUUCAGGAUGAGACCAGAAAUCGUGCAGCGGUGGCACGGCAGCAGCAGGAGGCCCCGUUAGCUAAAGUGGUGCUUCAGGUUAAGAACAGUUUCAGGUUAAGAACGGACCUCCGGAACGAAUUAAGUACUUAACCCGAGGUACCACUGUGUCUAAAAUGUAACACACACACACACACACACACACACACAUAUAUAUAUAUGGGGAGGGGACAGAAACAGAAUGCUAAAAAAGGACAGGAGAGCCGUGGCCUCUUGCCAAUACAUUUGAGUGGAAAUACAACAAACAAGCACGCUUCUAUCCUCCCUGUAACCCCACUUUCAGGUCCUGCCUUUGGUGGGGAUACAGAGGGGGGAGGUGGCCUCCCCCCCCUUAUCUCCUUGUUUCUUGGUGUGGGGGAAUAUGCCUGCCUUUGUGGGUGGAUGCCAUGUGCAUUUCAAUGAAACAUUAGUGUUCGCUUUCUGCCACAGUUUUAAUAUUUGUACAUACCCCUUCAUAUGUGUACGACGUAAAUAUCAAGUGGAAACAUCCUUUAUGUGUUUAUUUUAAAUACGCAUGUACACGUGUGCCUGUUCACGUUCAUUAUUUCUGUUCCAUUUGACAAGUCUUGCGUACCGCUUGAUUGCAAGGAAACCUCUGAACGGUUUGCAAAGAUACCAUGUGUAUCUUUCACGUAAAAGUUUCUAGGGGGUUUGUUUGCCCUGUCGCGGCAAGAUCAAGGACGCGCCUCCUGGCAGCCAGCUAGGCCAGUGGCAAGGGAUGAUGGGAGAUGGAGUCCAAGGGCACUGGGAAGGCUGCAGGUUUCUCACUCCCUUCUGUAAAGAAUUGGCCUUGCUGUAUUGUGAACCAGCGCUUAAAGUCUUACCUGUUGCACUGUGCUCCUGGCGAGUGGCUAUAGGAGGGGCUGGAGCAUUUAAUAAUUGCCAUGCCUUUUAAAAUGCUAAAUUAUAGCCUUGUGGAGUUUGAUGUCCUCUUCUUGAACCAUACCGUAUCCUCUGCUCUCUCUCGCACCCCAUGUCAAACUCCAGAUUUUUGAAACCAUCUGUUCCCAUGUAUCAAGAUGUCCCUGGUGGACCUGGGGAAGAGGCUGCUGGAAGCGGCUCGCAAAGGCCAAGAUGACGAAGUCAGGACGUUGAUGGCAAACGGUGCGCCUUUCACUACGGACUGGGUGUGUAUGGAGGGCAACAAUAUUGUGGGGGACGGGAGAGGGAAAUGGGGGGAAGGGGGAGGGUUCUUUUGCUGGGAUCACAGCAACAAAUUCUUUUUUUUUUUUUAAUGAUAUUUAUUCCAAGUUUAAAGUUACAAAAAAGAGAAAAAAAAAACCCAUACAAAAUACAAAGAAAAAUUUAACCAUAACAAAGUGAGAAAUAACAAGAAAAAAGUGAACAAUAAAAUAGAAUAAAAAAGAAGACGAAACAAAAAAUAUAAAAAUGCAUUAAGUUAGAAUAAAACAAAAACAGAUUAAACCUUUACAUAACCUUUUCCCUUUACUUAUUUCCAUGACCUCCUCUCACCUCCCAAUUUUGUAUUCUAGUUCAGAUCGUAUUUCCAGCAAAUCCUUCUAACCUUAUUUUCAUUUACGUAUUUUAAUUUAAAAUAAUGUAAUUAAACAUCCUCUGUUUCAUCAAUUUCAUCAGCUCAUUUUUGCUUAAUCCUUUAUAUCAUAUCUACCAAAACGGCCUAAUUUUCUUUUUCCAACAUCUUUCUAACAGUCUUUUAUAUUACAAUAUUUUUGAAGGUAUAUUUUGAAUUUUUUCCAAUCUUCUUCCAUCGACCCUUCUCCCUCACAGCAACAAAUUCAUGGCUACUAGUCACGAUGGCUCUGCUCUACUUGCACAGUUGGAGUUAGCAAUGUUUCUAAAUACGAGUUGCUGAAAUCCGUGGGAGUGGAGCGGGAUGUCCUGCUCAAAUCCUACUUGCUUGUUUCUUAUGUACAAUAGAGCUAUGGUCUAUUUUUUAAUUUAUUGAAUUUAUAUCCUGCCCUUUGUCCCGAAGGAGCCCCGGGAGCAAACAGAUACAGUGGUACCUUGGUUCUCAAACUUAAUCUGUUCUGGAAGUCCGUUCAACUUCCAAAACCAUUCAAAAACCAAGGUGUGGUUUCCGAUUGGCUGCAGGAGCUUCUUACUUCCGGGUUUGCGGCAUUCGGGAGCCGAUUUGUUCAUCAACUAAGCUGUUCAAGAACCAAUAUACUACUGUAUACAAUUUAACAACAAAGCAAAACAUUCGAAAACAGUUCUAAAAACAAUUACAAUUAAAAGCAUCUAAAAGCAGGUACAGUUAGGAACAUUCUAAAGGCAACUACAUUGAAAAACAUUUGUGCAUCUAAUGAUCUUGAGGGUCUCUCUGUAUCCUUCAGCCACCAAAUUCCUGGGUAAACAGGAGAGUUUUCAGAUUGCUCUUGGAAGUUAAUGAAGAUGGAGACAGGUGCACUUUGCUAGGGAGAGCAUUCCACAACCAGGGAGCCACGACUGAAAAGGCCCUGUGAUGGGUCAGUGCCAACCAGGCAGCUCCCUGUGGUGGCAGCAUCAACAAGGCCUCGCCUGCUGAUCGUAGGGUCUGGAGCAUUUUGUACUGGGGAAGGCACUCUUUUAGAUACCGUAUUUUUCGCUCAAUAACACGCACCUGACCAUAACACGCAUGUAGUUUUUAGAGGAGGAAAACAAGAAAAAAAUAUUCUAAACGAAACAGUGGAUGUAUGAUUUUUGUGGUUCAUGCUGUGGCCACAGACAUGUGAUCUGACGUUGAGUUUGGGGUAGCCCAAUGCAAAAAUCCUGAGGAUCCAUGUGGAUCCAUGUUUGUAACCAUGGUCUUGCACCACUGCAGCCCCAGGUAACAGUGGGUGCGUGAUUUUUUUGGUGCAAACUGUAGCCAUGGACAUGCUAUGUGAUCUGAUGGUGAAUUUGGGGUGACCCAGUGCAAAAAUCCUGAGGAUCCAUGUGGAUCUGUGCUUUGUAACCACGUUUUAAGUGGGGAGGGAAGGAAAAGCACUCAAGGGACAAGGAGCACGCAGGGAGCAGGUUCUGCUUCUCUCCCUGCUUAGCGAGCUGAAAAACUUUGCUGGAGGGACAGAGAGCCUGCUUGCUUUAAAGGAGCCUACCGCGGCUCCUGUCCGGUAGGUUCCUUUAAAGCAAGCAGGUUCUGCUUCUCUCCCUCCUCCCCCCCCCCCCGCCCUUAGCGAGCUGAAAAGCAAAGCGGGAGGAGACUGAAAAUCUUUCCUGCUAUUUCCAGCAAAGCGGGAGGAGAGAGAUACAGAGAGCCAGCUUGCUUUAAAGGAGCCAACCGGACAGGAGCCGCUUACACUCGUGUAAGUGGCUCCUCUCCCACUUUGCUCCUUUAAAGCAAGCAGGCUCUGCUUCUCUCCCUCCUCCCCCCCCCAGCGAGCUGAAAAUCUUUCCUGCUAUUUCCAGCAAAGCGGGAGAAGAGCCGCUGUGUGGGGAGGAGGGAGAGAAGCAGAACCUGCUUGCUUUAAAGGAGCCAACAGUGUAAGCACACGAGUGUAAGCGGCUCCUCUCUCCUCCCGCUUUGCUCCUUUAAAGAAGCAGGCUCUCUGUCCCUCUCUCCUCCCCAUUCAGCGGCUCUUCUCCCACUGGAAACCACGGAGGAGGGAAGCAUUCGCUCCGUAACACGCACAGACAUUUCCCCUUACUUUAUAGGAGGAAAAAAAUGCGUGUUAUGGAGCGAAAACUACGGUACUUGGAUCCCAAACCUUUUAAGGCCUUAUAUGCUCAUACCCAUUCGCUGCCCAUUGGCUGUGCUGAUGGGGCAUGAUGGGCGCUGGAAGCGAUUGACAUCUGGAGGGGCUUAAGUUCCCUACACACUUGUUAUAGAAGACUGCAUGGUCAGCUGAAGCCAUUUGUCCCCCACUGUCCUGUCCGCAAGGCGCACAGUCCCUGCAUGCCUCCUGAGUCAUGGAGAUUGCAUGCCGCCUUGAAUACAAGGGCUGCGGCCACAGAGCCGUGGAUGGGCCCGUUCAUCGUGGAGUGUAGUCAGAAAUGGUGGACUAUGCAGUAACGUUUUCCUGUUCACUCGUCCGGCAGCUGGGAACAUCCCCUCUUCAUCUGGCAGCUCAGCAUGGCCACUAUUCCACGGCGGAAGUCCUGCUCCGAGCAGGAGUGAGCAGAGACGCACGGACCAAGGUGGACAGGACGCCGCUGCACAUGGCAGCCGCUGACGGGCACUCGCACAUCGUGGAGCUCCUCAUCAGGGUAGGCGAGGUUCUGUCAUAAUGGGGGUGGCUUUAAAAAGACCUGAGCAACGGUUAAGGUUAAGCAACCAGGUAUCAGUUUGGGAAUAACAGCAGAACCUAAAGCCCACCAUCUGUUUUCACCUAUAGAAGCAGUAAUAAGAAAUUAUCCUCCAUUCCCUCUCAUCUGCUGAACCUUCACUGAUUGGUUUACCCACAUCUUGCUUUUGUCAUAGUGUCUUGUUCAGGCAUAGGCAACCUUUGGCCCCCCAGAUGCUUUGGACUACAAUUCCUAUCAUUCCUGACCACUGGUCCUGUUAGCUAGGGAUCAUGGGAGUUGUAGGCCAAAACAUCUGGAGGGCUGAAGGUUGCCUAUGCCUGGUCUUGUUGGUACAUCGGGACAGACUAACAUAGUUGUACUCCUGUUGUCUCGACUGUGGCUAGAGUACCGUUUGCACUAGUGUAGAGAGCUGAAAAGCACUUCCUUGGAGCAUCCUUGAUGGUGUUGGUGGUUUGAUUUCUUUGCACGGCCGGGGACCUGCGUUCCCCAUGCUCCUCUUGAAAUUGGCUUUGACCCAUAGCUGCCGUUUCUCUUCUCCCUGCUCGUCAGAACGGUGCCGACGUGAACGCCAAGGACAUGCUGAAGAUGACGGCGUUGCACUGGGCGACGGAGCACAACCACCGCGACGUCGUUGAGCUGCUCGUCAAGUACGGGGCCAACGUGCACGCCUUCAGCAAGUUUGACAAGUCUGCCUUUGACAUCGCACUGGACAAGAACAACCCAGAGACCUUGUUGAUACUUCAGGUGGGAGAGAAACGCUGCCUUUUUGUUCCCAACAGAACACCAGCCCUGAUAAACUGUAUCUUAUUGAGGACCUAAAAGGGAAUUAAAUAUCCCAAACGCCCUCCAAAACAGCAGUGCUUUAUUAUUAUUAUUCUAACUUGCUGUCUGAACCUCCAUUGGCAAAGGAGCUGAGUGAGUUCCCCACAAUCCAAGCACCCUCACCACGAAAGGAGCACAUCAGACAAUGAGGGAAAGGGGUGACUAGAGGAGCAGGUAGAGGCCUUAGGAGAUCCUGGCCCAACACUGUUGUCUGGGUCUAGGAUAAUGCUAUGCUUGUGGUUAGCAAUACUGGUGUUGAUCUCUUUUAGACCCGAAGGACCGGCACCUAAAAAUGACACUGCCUCUUUUAGAUUUCUGAUGUCUUUCUCCCAACUCACAGCUGAAGCAGAAUACGCCGACAAGCCUUGAAAGUUUAAUUUCUUCUGACCCAAGGCAGUGGUUUUAUCUACGUAUUUGGCAAGAUUUUUUAGCAGUUUGCAUAAAACAGUAUAAAACAUUCAUUAAAAAUACUGAUAGAACCAAAGGUUCAAAACUAAUGGAUGUCCAAUUCAUCAAAACAGAAAUAAAACCAGAAGUUUUAAAAGCAGGCGUAUGUAAUAAGAUGGUGUGUCUUAGUGUGUGUACGUAAAUGAAAAAUGUUUUAAGCAGAUGUUGCAAAGAGUACAGUUGUACAUUGGUUGCCAAACGCCUUGGUACUUGUAUGCUUUGGCUCCUAAACUAUCAAAAACCGGAAGUGAGUGCUCUGGUUUUCAAACGGUUUUCAGAAGCCAAACAUCUGGCACGGCUUCUGUGGCUUCUGAUUGAGUGCAGGAAUUGAGUGCAGCCAAUUGGAAGCCACACCUUGGUUUUUGAACGGUUCCGGCAGUCGAACGGUGACUGUAUGGUGAAGGCAUUUUCCUAAUGUCAAUGAGCAGUGCUGCAACGCUGAAAGAUUGAUUCCUUGCAAGUGUGAAAGCGGUUGAAUAGGCACAUAUGGAGCAAGGUGAAUUUGGCCGGGUAACAAAUCAGCACCCAGUGCAGAUCUCUGAGCCUGAAGUGUAACACGCUGAGAGGGUCUUGCUCCUGUCAGGAGUUGUGCCUCAAGAACGGCAGUUUCUGGACCAAGCAUUCUCCAGCAAUGGACUUGCAAAGAGGCGGGUGGAUAUGGCAACUGGAAGGCUGUUUUGGGACAAGCGUUUAGGGACGAACAUCUGCCUGAAUCAGGGCAUCGUUCUCUUCCUCAGGAAGCAAUGCAAAACCAGGUCAACACCAACCCCGAGAGAGUGAACCCGGUCCCAGGCUCCGUCACCGUGGGCCAGCCGUUUAUUUUGGCUUCAGGGGACAUGAUGAGUCUGGCUAGCAUCGUCUCCUCGGCAGGCACCAAAACAACCUCAGGUAGGACUCUGGAAAUGGCCACACCCACUUCCUCCCCUCUUGCUGUGUCAACACAGGAUAGUGAAACCGCCUCUGCGCACGUCUGCCAUUCUGGGACUUCUCUGUUAACAUCCUUUGUUCCCUCUUCCACCCUCCCGGGCAGGCGAUUCCCACAUUUCCACGGUGCAGUUUCCAAACUCAACAACCUCAGUCCUCGCCACGCUGGCAGCCAUCGCAGAAGCCUCCGGCCCGCUUUCCAACUCAAACAGAGCCCCUGGUAGGUCGAAAGGAAUCUGGGUCUUAGUCGCCAGGGAUGAGUGGAUGGGUGGAAAGACUUUGGGCAUUGUCCCUAUGCAGACUGUCUCAACUCUGACAGGAAAAAGCAGGUCAUCUCUGCUCUCUCACCAACAGCCCUCCUGUCUGUCCAGAUCAUAAGCAGGGAGGGGGGGAUUGGCUUAGCUCGCUGGACUUUCCCUAGUAACCUGGUGGGCAUUGUAAAAACAAACUAGUUAGUUACAGUAGCGUGCUCUUCAAUGAAUGCUAGUAAUAAAAAUAAACAGAAAAGCAAUACAGAAAAGUUACAGAAUCCUACAAACAAGACCAAUAAACAAAGAAACAAUUACAUCAUAAGGUAAACGAACAAAAUUACAACAUGAAUUAAUAUUUCCAGUUUAACAAAAUGCAGGCCUCAAGGCUCGCCGGGCUGCCAGGUACCCACUGCUUAACCCCUGAGAGGCCUGCCGCAAAGACGCACUUCUGAAAUAUUUAGGGGUAGGAUGAGGAACCAGCGACUUUUCAGCAGCCAGCAGGUUGUAGGCGCAGCAAUAUCUGGAUAGCGACAAACUCCCCAUCCCUGUUCGGAUCCUCACAAGCCUUUUAUAAAUGAAUGAAUGAAUGAAUGUGGAAAUCACAAAGAGCUAGUAGUGUUACUCUGCUAAAGUUACUUCCCCUCCAGUCCCCCCAUAGUGCAUUUUAAAGCAGGGAGAGGGAAACUGCCCGCCCCCCCCCCCCCCGCCAGCAGGACAGCUAGUCAGGGGUGAGCAUCCGGCAGGCCUCAGAUCCCGCCAGUCCUGAGUUCGGCCAUUCAAGGUCUCUGUGUUCAGAAAACGGCCAUGCCCCUACACGAGAAAGGGAGCAAGAAACCCUUCUGUUCUCUGUGCUGCCAUGAGGUCUAGAAACCUCGUUUUGAAAUUAGUGUUUCUCGAGUCCAUUCCAACAAACGUGAAAACCGCAGCUGAGCGUGGGUUGCUAGACCUCAUUUGUUCAUUUUCUUUGUGGCGCCAGAUCGUAAGCGCUGUGUUUGUCCAGGUGGCCCCCAAAGCUGUGAUUUAAGCUCUUUCCUCCCUGGUUAAUUUUUUAAAAAAGAAACAGAAGCGGCUGAGCUCUUGCCUUUGACUUCUUUCUUUUUCUUUUUUUGCAGCGUCUGAGGAAACAGUGGACUCCAGCUCUGCCAGUUCCCCCCUCCAGCACGUGGUCGGUGGCGGGGGCCGGCGGAUUAUCACGAUCAUGACCGACGGUGUCCAUCUGGGCAACCUCCAGGCGGCCCUUCCCAGUGGGGCCCUCAGCCAGCCCUUCAUCGUGACGAUGCAGAAUGGGCAGCAAGGUAAAGGGGGGGGGGAACGACUCCAGGGGAGAGGUGCAAGCUGCUCCCUUCUUUUUGGGGCUCAGCCAGCAUCAAACAGAAGACCAGAGAGUGUGGGGGACACACCUCUGGCCCUUCCAGUGUGGCUGGACACUGACUGACUACAUCUGGGACGUGAUAGGAGAGCCACCUUCAGAUACCUGGAGGAGACAAGCAAGCUUGUUCUUCUGUUGCUCUGGAGGGGAGGAUCCCAAGCAGCAGUUUCAUAGGACAAGGAGAUGCCAAGCAAACAUUAAGAAGAACUUUCUGACGGCAAGAGCUGUUUGACAGUGGAUCUCGGAAGGUGAUGGACUCUCCUUCCCUGUAGGUUUUUAAGCAGAAGUUGGGUGGCCGUCAGUCAGGACUUCCUCAGCUGUGAUUGCUGCAUUGCAGGGAUUUUGGACUUUGAUCACCGUCCCUGGCCUUUGGAGGGCAUCCCUGUCUUGAAGGCACCAAGUUGGCAAAGGCCUUCAUAGUAUCUUUUUGGUCUGGCAAGCCAGACCUCAUCUCUCCCCCACCUUCCCCUUCCACAGUUCCAACUGCGUGGGGCCAUCCAUCCGAAGGAACUUUGCUGAAGAGCGUGGGGAUGAAAUAGGUUGCUGUUUGGAAAACCCCAAAGUUGACGAGCCUUUUAAAGACAAACCCCAAAAUUGUUGAGAUUUAUUUUUUUCCCCCAAAAAUGCCAAAAACACCCUGUGAUUUUUCUAUUGAGUUGUCUACGAUCCAGGACCAAGCCAGACGUCAAUUCCGCCUUUGAAAUCCCAGUAAUGUCCAGCAAAAUCCAGGCAUAUGGCAGGCCUGUAUAAAACAAUAGAAACCAUAAUAUAAUAGUAAUUGUUAUUAUCUUUAUUAGCGUGCCACACUUCAAUCUAAGGUACCGAGGGGAGUUACAGCAAUUUAAAUACAGUAUUAAAGAAAUUAAAUUUGAACUGAAGAUGAACCAGCCGAGCUCUGUUCUGUAAAGGGACGAACGUGAACUGCAAUUAGUUGAGGCUGGAAUGGCUCCCAUUCUAAAAACUGAGUUUUCUAACCCCUGAGCGUGCUUUCCUCCCCUCACCAGAAUUUCCUGUGUCUCCCCCCCCCCCCCCGCACCUUGCAGUCCUCACAGUGCCUGCUGGUCAGGUCGCAGAAGAAACCGUCAUCGAGGAGCAAAGUGACAUUGAUCACCACAUAGCAGAGGAGGAGGAGGAGCCCCCUGCUAAGAAGAUCAAGGUAGAGGAAGUUGCAGAUGACCUGGAAGAAAGCAAGGUAAAGGGGGGGGGGGAACCCAAUGCCUUUUGGGCGCCCAUGUCCUAGAAUGGCGAGAAAUGUUACUUACUUUUACAGUUGUACCUUGGCUCCUGAACGACUGAAACCCGGAAGUGAUUGUUCCGGUUUGCGAAUGUUCUUUUGGAAGCCGAACGUCCUUCUUCGGCUUCCGACUGGCUGCAGGAGCUUCCUGCAGCCAAUCGGAAGCUGUGAUUUGGUUUUCGAACGUUUUGGAAUGGACUUCCGGAAUGGAUUUCGUUCAACUUCCAAGCUACGACUGUUGUUAUUUUGUUGCAAUCAUAUCCCAUCAUUUUCCCUCCCAAGAAACUCAACAUGGCGUAAUCUGGGGAACCGGGUUUGAUUCCCCGCUCCUCCACAUGCAGCUGCUGGGUGACCUUGGGCUAGUCACACUUCUCUGAAGUCUCUCAGCCCCACUCACCUUACAGAGUGUUUGUUGUGGGGGAGGAAGGGAAAAGGAGAUUGUUAGCCACUUUGAGACUCCUUUGGGUAGUGAUAAAGCGGGAUAUCAAAUCCAAACUCUUCUUCUUUAUUCUCACAAUAGCUCUGUGAGGUAGGUUAGGCUGAGAGGCAGCGGCCGGCCCAAGGAGCUUCAUGGGCAAGUGGCAGGAUUUGAACCCUGGUCUCUCCCUGGUCCUAGUCCGACACUCUUAAGCACAAGUAGGUCUCCCUUUUUGCCAGAAAGAUUUUACUUGUGCGGAAUAUUCCAUCCCUUUGCAGAGGGAAGAUGGACGGGGCCUCUGUGCUUUUUCCCUCUGCAGUUCAUGAGGUCUAGAACCUUGCUUUCCCCCAGCAGUAAACUGGGAUUUUUAGCCCAGCCCUGAUCCACCAUCCACCCCCCUCUUUGGAGGAAGCCCUCUCUGCAGCUGCCCUGAGCCGCCCCUCCUGACAAAGACAUGGGUCUGCUUCCCCCCCGUAGGAGAGGGAGAUUUUGCAGCAGCAGCUGCAGGAAGCCAACCGCCGAGCUCAGGAGUACCGCAGCCGGCUGAUGAAGAAGGAGCUGGAGGCCGAGGGGUACCGGCAGAAGCUGGAAGCCAUGGACAGGCAACAGGCCAAUGGGACGGAAGGGGUCGCGGAGGACGACGGCGAGGGCCAGGCGGUCAGCUCCGCCCCCGUGGCGGAGGAGGAAGCCGUCAGCUCCACGGUGGACCUGGAACUCCCGACCGACGUCGCGGUGGAGACGGUCAGCACCUCAUAACCCUUCCGGUCGCCCUUUCACUUACUUUCUUAAAAUAGGAAAAUCAAAAGGAUUAAAGCUUGCCUGGGAAAAGGGGUAUAGCGGAGAGAAGGAAGCCGCACCCCUCCGUCCAAAGAAACUCUGGACAAAAGUCCUUUGGUGGGGGACAGUUCACAGUCAACCCCCCUACCCCCUCUCCUGUCCGUUGUCCUCGCUUUCCCCCCCUUUCGGAACAGGGCUUUAAACACCCACAGCCAUAAAAUAAAUGCCUUUUUUUAUAUUCUCCCUAGCCAUUCAGAGAGAGAUAUUUUUGUUACCCUUUUUAUAAGCCGCCAGCAAGUGACCUAAAGCACCGAACCAAACCUGGCCCUUUUUAUGAGGGCGAGGCAGCCUUACUGUCAGGGUGCCAGCCCUCUCUGGAACAGGGUGGGAAUGCUGAUGUACGCAGCCCAGUUUCUCGGGGGGGGGGGCGGUGGCAGAAAACAGGAGCAGAUCCACAGGACGUUCCCUCCCCCGCCAAAUGGCCCCAGUUGCUGAAGGACCCUGCGUGCAAAUUGACAGGAGACACCCCUUUCCUGUUUCCCAAGGCCUUGACAGUAGCGGGUGCGACGAAGGCAGGCUCUCCUCUUAGAAACAUGGGCAGUGGCUUGUGUCGAAAGCAUUGCCCUUGGUGCUGAGCCUCUGAGCUGCCCUCUCUGUACCUCCUGGGGGAUGAGGGGGAGGGUUUUAUUAGCCCUGGGGGUGCCCUUGAAUUCCAGUCGUUCCUCUCGCUUAUCUGACUGGAGGGGCGUGUCUGUGUGUGUGUGUGAGAGAGAGAGACUGUACAAACCAGCCUUAUUAGAUUACAAAAGGUAGAAAUCCAUGCCCGUUGCUCCACCCACUAUCUCCUCUCUCCCUUCGCACCUCUGCAAGGUGGCCCCUGGAAGAUGGGGAUGCGGCCCCUGGGCUACCCUGGCCCCAGCAUAAGCCUGCCUGCCUGUGCCUUGUGAGAUGUGCAUAUUUACCUCUGGCUCAGGGAUGGAGGGAUGUCUGCAGCCCUUCCGGAUGCUCCUAGGCCGCAAGCCACACCUUCCUCGUCCUCCUUAAUCACCAUCCUAUUCUGACCGGGGCUGGUGGGACUUGGGGUCAACCUGCGGAAGGCUGCAGGUGCCGUCUCUCCCCUGUUUCUGCCCCCCAGGCUUGCUCUUCGCUCUAUUCAGGCCUUUGGGAUAUUCAGCUUUCAGAAGGGACCCCAAAGACUCUUGCCCUUGUCCGUCUCCCUUCACCCUCGCGCCCCCAGCCUUCAGUUCUACCCAGAAUACAACACGUACCGUAUUAUUCCAUCUAUAAGACGUCCCCAUGUAUAAGACACCUCCUAUUUCGGGGGACUCAAAUUUAAGAAAAUGGGAAGAGAGAUGGCCCCUAAGACGCCCCCCAAUAUUUGACAUUAUUUUGAAGGAAGAAAACCUAGUCUUAUACACAGAAAAAUACGGUAACUGUUAACAACUGGGCCAAUAUUUUAUAGGAAAGGAAAGAGCCACCCCAUUGCGAGGAAGCUCACAAACCUAGCUAGUGUGGGGCUUCCGAAUCUAUUCCCUUUGGACUGCGAAGCCACUGUGCGGCUGAAGCAGGCUUAAUUUCAAAAGGUGCAUUUAUUUAUAUUUGCCAUAGCUCUCUAUAUUUUUAAUAUAUAUAUAUAUGUGUGUAUGUAUAUAACUGAUCACAGUCCAGUUCCCAGGGUUGUCUUUGUGCCUGUGAGGACUAGAACCACAUUUUUUUAAAAAAGAAAACAACCCCAAAAACUGUAUUCAGGUUUACACCCGUCUAUCUGCUCUGCUGUGUGUUGCACUUGAUGCCUUAGGGACCGGAUGGGAAAUCCCCCAUUGCUAUCCCUGACAGGUUGGCCACACAGGAUGCUGGGAGUUGAAGCCCAACAUUGUAGGGGGGACCUAGUACCCCCCCCCGGCUAUUAUAAAAUGAAAUAAAAGUGGGAACUAGGGGAACCAGUUAGCCUCUGAUAACAGCCCUUGAUGUCUCUCGCGUCUCCCUGGUUCUGGGGCGUGUGUGUCUAAGGGUGGGUUGAAAGGCAGCCAGCAACUGCACACGUGUAGGAACAUAGGAAGAGCUCUGCAGGAUCAGGCCGGCGGGAGCUCGUCUGGCCCAGCACCCUGCUCUCACAGUGGCCAAACACCCCAAGGAACCGAAGGACCUAGAUAGACUGUCUCUGGGUCUGGAGGUCCCAUAAGAACGUACGGAGAGCCCUGCUGUGCAGGAUCAGGUCGGAGGAGACCCAUCCUGUCCAGCACCCUGUUCUCACUGUGGCCGACCAGAUGCCCCAGAUGCGAGCGGGACUCGAGCAUGACGGCAGCAACACACUCCCCACUUGUGAUCCUUGCGGGGCCUUUGUUCCUUCCAAAGGACGAUGGACGAGGCUGAUGGUCAGCAGCUAAGUUCCUCAUUACCCAGAAGGUAGCCAACGUGGACGGGUUUUUGCAGCUCUCAGCAUCCCUGAUGGUUGGCUGUGCCGACGGGGGAUGGUGGGAGUCCCAGCACCCUUUGCAGGGGCACCUGAGCAGCUGCUCAGACUUUAGAAUUUGAAGAAGCGAGGGCUCUGGCAGAGCAUCAGAGCGGCUGUCUUGCGUGCAGAAGGUCCCUGGCUCAGGUCCCCGAGGCACCCCCUCUCUGCCUGAAAGCCCAGAGAGCUGCUGCCAGCCAGUGCAGACAGUACUGCCCUUUGCGGACCAACUAUCUGCAUAAAUCAGCUUUCCACAUUCCUAAGAUCUUCAGGGAUAGCUUAUAAAAGCAAAUGUCGGGCACAUCAGCAACUGAGAACUGAUGAUUUUGGCGGGGCAGGUUUCUUGCAGGCUUGUUGUUUAAACAUUCCUAAGAGUUGUCCACUGAGCUAGAGACGUCCCUGCAUUCUCAGGAUACGCUGAUGAAUCCCUGGUGCAAGCUGUGGGCUUCUCCGUUCCUCCUAAGGGAGGGAGGAAAAUCAGGUGUGCAAAGGAUCACGGGCACACAACCCCGUCCGCCACAAGAAAUGGAGACCUCCUCUCACAACACCUGUCACUAGGGCUAGAUUCACACCCUGCAUUUAAAGUACUGUAAUGCCGCUUUAAGCAUCAUGGCUUUCCUCCCAAUGAGUCCUGGGAGCUGUGGUUAGUUGUGGGUGCUGAGAGUUUUUAAGAGACACCCCCCCCCCAAAAAAACCAGGAGCUGUACAUCCCAGAGUGGUUUAGCAAUCAGUCCCUCUUUCCAGGGAACUCUGGGAAUUGUAGUUCUGUGAGAGGAAACAGAAGACUUCUAGCAACUCUCAGCACUCUUAGCAAAACUACAUCUCCCAGAAGUCUUUGGGGGAAGCCAUGACUGUAUCAUCGUGGUAUAUAGUGCUUUGAAAUGCACAGUGUUUGGCCCCGGUCAGGACAAAUGAACUGUAGGCAGACAGGUUUCGCGAAGAACCUUCCCAUCCAGGAGUGAGGGAGACAGUGAGCACCAAACUCGUGCUCCUGCUUUUUAAGGAAAAGGAACCCUAUUUAUUUAAUGUGCAAUUUAGAGAAAGGAAAUAAGAAGCCUUGCUGCAGCCUUUCACUUUUAAAGCAGCGAUCUUGAAACGAUCUUCUAAGUGCUAAAAAAGUAGCACCUUGGCGUUCGCCCGGUGCUUUGGUGGUCUCUGGAGAGAAAGGGGAGCAGGCAGAGCGAUGACCCUUGUCUCUCGUCAAAACUGCAGCGUCAACGUCGGGGCCCCCGCCGGCCUUUUACGGCCACAGAAACCUCCUAACUUACCCCAGCGCAGACUCCAGGAGGCAGCUGUUACAAGUGCCCUACAGAUUUGUAGAUGACUUUCUCUUUUUUUAUUAUGAAAAAUAGCUUUAUGUACAGGCUGGCUUGUUUAAAGGGGGGGGGGGAGGGAAAUAUAUUUUAUAUUUUAGGGUCUUUUGCCCGAAAAUGUUACGUUUACAAUGUGUACAAUUUCCUCUCUUUUUUUGUACUCUGGUUUGGUUAAUAAAAAUGCCAUGGUCACCCGUUUUCUUUCUGAGCUGGGAAAUUAAAACAAGCAGGACUCCUUUGUGGAGUAGCGAGACAACCGUUGUUACGGGUUCUGUGGGUCUGGGAGUCUGCUGAGCUGAGCCUGGCAUAUUGCAAGGGGGUCCUGCUUUUGGAAGGGUUCCUUGACACCCUGCGCCAUGUGUCCACAUUUAUUAC